AUGGCUACCAUCUCAAUUACUCAGCCUCGUCGCCAAAUCGUGGCCUUCAGGCGGAGCAGCGAUAAUAAAUAUCUGAGCGCCACUCAGAUCCAUGGCCUAACUUAUCUGCAGUUCACUGCCACUGAACUGAGCGACAAAACUAUAGCACAUGAGUUAGUCAGCGCUCGCGAUGGAUUAGUCCGCAUAAAAUCCAUUGCGACCGGACAUUUCUGGAAGCGCAGCCCCACAUCCAACUGGAUCUUUGCCUCCGACGACAGUUGUCCGUGCGACGAAGAUGCUAACAUGCUGUUCCUUCCGGUGAAACUCGACGAGAACGAAGUUGCAUACCGCAACCAUGAAAACCAGAUGUUCUGCAAGAGUCGUUCCCCGGACGGCAAGAGAGAGUGUCUCAUUGCCUCCGCGCCCGACCUGUCUGAUGUGGCGAAGAUGGAGCUGGUGGACAUCCCAGUGCUUGUUGGAUGCAAAUGGAUAUUUAAGAAAAAGGAAGGCAUACCAAGACUUGAGAAAGAGAGGUUAAAAGCUAGAUUGGUUGCCAAGGGCUUCACUGAGGAAGAGGGAGUAGAUUUCAUUGAUAUAUUUUCACCUAUGGUAAACACAAACAUCUAG